UACCAAAAUGAAGCAGUCUUUACAAGGUUGGGUUCUGUGUUGGUAAUACAAAACCCUAUUUGUGUUUUAAUUUACAGGGUAUGUACAGUCGGAGAAAAUUGCUAGAAAACACAAGCAUGUUGGACUGAGUUACCUAGAAGAGCUGAAUAUCGUUAAGGAAGAUGAGGCGGUAUGCAGGGAAUCUCAGUGGGACAGUCUGAAAAUCAAGCGAGCUAUACUUACUGCACCUAGAAACGUGGCCACACAGACCUUAUUGGAAGAUAUAACACCAGAUCAAUCAUAUCAGUUAAAAACAUUAUCGUCUCAUGAGGUCAAAGAGUCCACAUAAGCCUGUCAUGAAUAUAAAUAAAAAUAUUCCUAUUUAAUUCAUUGGGUGUUCUGAGGUUCACAGAAAGUAAGGAUAUCUUCUGAAGUAAGAGACAUGAAAAAAACUUCUGAUUUUAGCAUGAUGACUCAAAAAAAUAAGUCUGUGGAAGAGGCUAGUGCUGAUAAAAAUCAGAGAAGUUGCUCUGAAAAAGUCAACAGAGAAAAUGGCAGCUGUAGUCAUGAAAGCACAACUGUAAAACUGCCAGUAAUAGCUUCGUUAGCAGGUACCACUAAAAAAAUAAUUAUGGUUAAUCACCCAGCACCACCUCAAAAGCUGAGUUCUUGCAGAUCUAAUUUUCGUACAGGACCAUUAAUUAAUAAUUGCCCCACAGCAUUACAAAAGACAAAAGCUGUUAGUAAAGUAGAGGAUAGAGUGCAUAUACCAAAGAUGAGUCCACAGAAUUUAAAAAGAGGUAGAAUUGAAGAAACAGAAACUGUGAUUAAAGUUAGUGAUGAACUUAGCUUUACAGAUUCUAAUUCAAAUACAAAUAUUUCAAGAAAGGAAAAAUUAACCAAGGCAGACUGUAAGAAGAGAAGUAGAGUAAUUUCAAAAGCAAAUCAGCAAGAUUUAGACAAUGAAUCAGGCAGAAUGUUCAGGAAAAGAAGCAAGCAGCCAAGUGUGAGGUCUGCUCAAGAACAGUUGGAAGAGGCUAGAGAUGUGACCAGACCAGACGCUUCAAAAAUAUACGAGAAGAACUUCCAGCAGAGCAAACCUGAAGAGCCUACUUCCACACCAGCAUCGCCUGUGAAAGUGGUUGCAAGGUCUAUUGAUGAAAUAAUUGCUUCCCUGCAGUCUACUUCUCCUUCUCCUUCAAACCAGACGAUCAAAGAACUCCUGGAGAGUGUUCUUGGCCAGAACUACAACAUAAAAAUGGAAGUAGGUGAACCAGAACAAGAGCAAUAUUUUUCUGUUGGGAGAGCUGUUCUUGUGGUUGAGGCAUUCAUAGCGUCUCCCACCCCUGUAUAUUCUCUGAUACCAGUAAUUCAAGGAGAAUCUCAAGCGGCAGAAAAUGAAUCGCAGCCUAAAGACCUGUCAACAGAUACUAAGCAAGUGAAACAGAAAGAAGAAUCUCUUGAAAUUCCUUAUUGGUUUUCAGAAGUGAUACAUCAGCUUUCCCAAGAUUCGCAAAUUCAGGAAUCUGAAGCUCGAUUGUCUUUUUUAAGUGUUCCUUUCUUUUCUGAAACAAGUGUUUCAUUCCUUGCAACUUUGGAGGAUGCAGAAAGUAAACAGAAACCUCAGAAAGCUGAAACAACAUCCUUACAGACUCCAUCCUCAGACAUGCUGCAGGUGGAAGGAAAAGCAAUAGUGAAAGUUCAGAGACAGCUACAAAAGGAACACCAUUUACAACAGUCUUCACCUUUGCUGCCCACUCAGACUUCAAAUGUCAAAUGUCAACAUUAUCCAGACAUUCAUCGUCUAUGUACUGCUUUUCCUAGUUUUAUGUUGCCUCCUGAUUUACGAUUGGCUUCUAGAAUCUAUCAUACUUUAGACAGAAGAGGUCACAAUGUCUUAUUUACAGCAGAGGAUCUGGACAAUAAAGAGGAAGAACCAACCUGUUCAAAAUAUAUUUAUUUGAAAGAGCAAGCUGAAAGGAAAAGAGUUUGUUAUGAAGGCAUUCCUAUUUCAAAGCAAUUCCAGAAGGAUGGGAUUCAUGUCCUUCCUCCUCAUGCAUCAAAAAAUCUAACAGAAUGGCAAAAAAUAGCUGAGUACUGUCUUAAAAAGCCACAACUGGAACUGCUAGGAGAGAAAAGCAAUGUUAUUGAAGGUGUUGUAUUUGAAGACUUCACUGAUCUUCAGGAAGAUGAAGAGUUAGAACCUGAGGAAGGCGAUCAUGAUUUCUACAAUUAUGAACUGACAAAAACUAUUCUGAGAAGAUGUCAUUCUUUGCCAGAUUUUUCCGACAGUGAGAAAUUAGAGAUAAGUUUGAUUGGAAGGUCAGUCUCUGCUCCAGAGAUGACAGCUUUCAAAGAUGAAACUAUGUUAAAGAUGUCAGCUAAUUUCAAAACGAGCAUGAAAGAGUUGAAGUUUAUGAAGCAACAGAUAGCUGAGCCAAGAGUUGAGACAGAGGCUGGGAAAAGCUCCCCUACUAAGCAUCUAUUGAAUCAAAUCUGUGGUGAUCCGCAAUCAAUGCAGACAGACACACCGGUGGAAAAAACACCUGCUUCAGCUAGACAAGAGGAUAGUGAGAAUGACAUUUUUCUUGCUGAGAGAUCUCAGAAGGCUGGGAUUAAAUACCCUGUUUUCCCAAGAAGAAAAAAAACAAAGAAAUCAAAGAAGAUAAUAGACCCUAGAAAAUUAGAAGCUGUGAUUAAGAAAUUAAGUCAACCCCCAAAGAUUCUUAAAAGGUCUAUGUCCCUGGGAAGACUCCCUAUUCAUGACAAAUUCAGUAUCAAGGUAUCUUCAGCAGUCAGACAAUUUCGUAGUCACAGUAUCCCUUGUUUGUUAGAUUUUGAAAAGUUUGCAAAAGUGAGGGGUGGAAUUCCAAAAGAAACUUCUGCUCGCAAAUGGGUCAGUGGAAUAUGGAACUGUUGGUUUGAUGAAACUUUCCCUCCUAGUAGGACUGAUUUUGAGGAGAAGGAUAUUAAAUUACUCAAAGGAACUAAGAAGGUGGACUUGCAAGAAGCCGAUCUACAAAGAGAACUAGUUGAUUCAAUGCAGCCUGUUCUGCUUGAAGAUGCAACAGUUAGUGUUGGAGAUUUAGAAGAAGAAGUAAGACAACUGACAGUGCUAAUAGAAAAGGAAGAGCAACCUUUGGCUUUUCACUAUUGUAGGCGUGGAGCAAUACAAAGAAAGUUAGGCAAGUUAAAGUCAGCUAUGGAUGACUUGGAAAAAGCUAUAAGCUUAGAACCACUACUACUUAAUGCUUACUGGCAUAGACAUUUGAUUUACCUCUUUCAAGAAAGAAUUUCUGCUGCUUUGGAUGACCUGAAUUUCAUAAGUAAAUGGAGCAAAAAUAGAGCAGACGCAUACCUGUCAAAGGCUGAAAUUUACCAAAAACUGGGGGAUUACACACUGGCAAUCAUCAACUAUAGUUCAGCAAUACAAUGCAGCCCUACAGAUGAUGAUAUUUAUUUCAGGAGAGCUGAGUUGUAUCUUGAGGAAGAUAACUUAUUAUUGGCCAUGGAUGAUUAUGCCAAAUGUUUUCAGUAUAACUCAAAAAGAACAGAUGCACUUAUGAAACAUGGAAUACAUUUCUUUGACCAUUCAGUUUUGACUACAGCUAUUCAGGAUUUUACCGCUGUCAUCAAGGAAGACCCUACCAACGCUCAGGCAAGGCUGUAUCGAGGAAGAGCAUAUGCUAAACAGCAGCAGUAUAGAAAUGCAAUAGAAGACUUAACAGCAGCACUUCAUCUAGACCCUUUCUGUUGGUUAGCAUUCUUCUAUAGAGGUUGCAUACUACGACACAUUGAUCCAAAAAGAGCUGUGCAGGACUUCAGUGUUUCUGUGCUCAUCAAUGACACUCAGGAAAAUUUUUGUUCUUUUCUUCAUCGUGGGAUCAUUUAUUCAGAACAGUGUCAGUGGUCACUUGCAAUCUGUGACUUUGAAAGUGUCCUGUCACUGGACAGGUCUGUCAUCUUUGCUUACCUAAACAUUGGUCUGAUACUGCUAUUACAUCUGGAUCAAUACUAUGAAGCUAUUCGGCAGUUUACUAAGGCCAUUGAAACUGAUCCCCUCAAUGUUCGAGCCUAUGUUUGUAGAGCCCAAGCAUAUCAUAAGAUUCAUAAUUUACCAAAUGCUGUGAAGGAUAUAAAUCGAGCCAUUCAUCUUUACCCAAAUAAAUCACAACUAUGCAUAUUAAGGGGACAGUAUUUAAUGGAAAUGAAGAAAUAUGAGCUAGCAAGUUUAUGUAUUCACCAAGCUGCAGAAAUGGAUGAAGGAUCCCUCAAGUCUCAGCCUGUUCAGCGAGCACUCAUUCAGUCAUUUUGUCAAAAUCACAAUAAAGCCAUAGAGUACUUAUGUGAAGUUAUUGCAAUUCAGCCUGAGCCUUCAAUGUUUGUUCUCCUAGGAAAAAUACAAAUGAAAGCCAAGAAAACUAAGGAUGCUGUGCAAAGUUUUAAACAAGCUAUAAAGCUCCUGAUCACCUCAGCAAAAACCCUACCUACUACAUUUGAGGCUGCAGAAAUGUACUAUCUUACAGGCCUGUGUUAUAUGGAGCAAGUAAGUUUAUUGCAGGCCUGUGAUGCUUUUCGUAUGGCCAUCAGACUACAUUCAAGUUAUCCUGAUGCUUUCUAUCAGCGAGGGCUGUGUAGAAUGCAACUUGGACAAGCUAAGUGUAUUCAAGAUUUCAAUCGAACACUUGCACUUUGUCCGUCACAUUUCCAGGCGUAUAUGAGUCGUGCUGUUUACUAUGGAAGUAAAGGCAGAUACUCUAAGGCAAUUCUGAAUUGCAAUGAGGCUAUCAAAAUUCAUCCUAACAGUGUGAGAGCUUAUUUUUACCGAGGAACUUUGAAGUAUCACAAUAAGACAUAUAAAGUUGCAAUUGAAGAUCUUUCCAAGACUAUUGACCUCAACAAAUCCUGCGUUUUGGCAUAUUAUAACAGAGCAGUCUGUUAUCAUCAAAUAAAGGAUUUCAGAAAGGCUUUGAAAGAUUAUGGAAUUCUUCUUCUGCUUGAACUGAGUAAGGAAAUAGUUUUUAAAGUGUUAAUUAAUCGUGGACUGCUCUACGUGGAACUUGGUGAUUAUGCUAAUGCAUGUGAGGACUUCAAAGUAGCAACACUGCAUAAUCCAUUUGAUAGCCAGAUCUUCCAAGCUAUUGGAAUCUGCUAUCACAGACUUAAUGAGUUUGAAGAAGCUGUGAGAUCAUUUAACCAGGUUCUCAAACUAGAUCCUAUGUCUGUGGAUGCCUAUGUUGGAAGAGGAAAUUCAUACAUGGAAAACGGACAUGAGGCUGAUCAUAAACAAGCACAGAAAGACUUCUUGAAAGCGCUUCACCUGAAUCCAAAGUGUGUGAAAGCCAGAAUUUGCUUAGGAUACAACUUACAGGCCCUUGGAAAGUUUCAAAAAGCUUGGAAUCAGUUUACAAUUGCUAUUGGCAUUGAUCCAAAAUGCCAUGCUGCAUAUGAUGGACGAGCUUCGGUCUGUCUUCAGAUGGGUGAAACUUUUGCUGCAUUUCAAGAUACGAAUGCUGCAUUAAAGCUCACUACCACUGCUCUGCUGCUAACAAAUCGGGGUGUUAUCAAUCAGUUUAUGGGAUACCUAUCCUGUGCUAUGAGGGACUAUCAACAUGCAAUUUCUGUUGACCCUGACUAUGCCUUAGCCUAUUUCAAUGCAGGAAAUAUCUACUUCCAUAAUCGACAGUUUUCACAGGCCUAUUGCUAUUAUUCCAAGGCAUUACAACUUGACCCAAGAAACGAAUCUGCUGUUAUGAAUCGUGCUAUUACCAAUACCUUUUUAAAAAAUAUUAAAGAAGCAAAAGAAGACUUUGAGAAGGCAGUUUGCCUCUGUCCAUUCUCUGCAGCAGUGUAUUUUAACAGGGCACAUUUCUAUAAUGGAUUAAAGCAAUAUGAGCUAGCUGAGAAAGACAUUUCAACAGCAUUAUCAAUUCAGCCCAAUGACGCCUUGAUGUAUAAAUUUAGAGCUGAUAUUCGUGGUAAACUGGGUUUCAGAAAGGAAGCUAUAGAUGACUACAAACAAGCAGUCAGCAUUCAAGAACAGAUUAAUUCCAUGUGAAAAGAUGUCAGUUCUAAUACCAUGUGGCUUCUAUUUACAGAUUUCUCAGAUUCGCAGUUAAAAAGAUUUUCUUCCAUGCAAGAAUAACUAAUCUAUCUUUAUUCUCACAUAUUUGAUAUGCAUUUUAUUUUCCUAAAUGCACCUGAUUCAGUGCAAAACUGACCAGAGUUAUUUAAGAACAGAAUGCUGCAUUUAAUUUUUAUGAGUGGUAGAUCAUUCUUUAUUUGUUGAGGCCAAGAGAAAAUUGAUUGUGUCAUGUGGAAAAUGAAGGAGAGGUGAGAGGAAUUUAUAAGCAAAAGGCCUCAACCAUACUGGUUAUAAAAGGAGGAGAAAGACUAAAUCUCCCCAAAUACAAAUGCUUAGAGUGAUGGUGAUUGAUAGGUAUGUAUCACCUGGACCAUCUGAGAAGUAACAAUUCUAAGAUGGCUGCCAAAUGCCAACCAGGUCUCACUUUCUUCCUGAUCCUCCUCCUACACGUUUUCACAAGAUUUGCUAUUCCCUCCCACUCAUAUCAUAGAGCAAAACCACUGUUCAAGGUAUAUUUGUUGCAGUGUGUGAGAACUACUCCAGCCAUUGAGAUUUGAGAAGCACAUGCUUUGGUUUGUGAGUAAAAAGAUGAAGUUGUUUGCUUCUGCUUAAAUACAUUACACUUUGUCAGUUUGCUGGGACAGGUGAAAAUGUAUAAAUGAUAGAUCACAGUUUUGUGUUCUAAGCUAUAAGAAUGAACUUGAGGAACAAGUUUCAGCUGACUUUAUCAUGAUUACUCCUCUAAACCUGGAGAUUAGAAUAUGAAUCUGUGUGACCAAAACUGAUUUUUUUUUUUUUAGUCUCUAUCUGUGUAUUAAAUUAAAACCACCAACUGUGGCAUAGCUCUAGUUGUAACGUACAGUUGUUAUCUUGUCUUGAGCCAUGUCCUCACAUGGUAUGGUAGGAUAGCAUAAGGACGAAGCAAAAUAGAUGUCUUUUUGUCUCAGAAAAAAGAGAAAGGAAUCUUAAGUUCUCAUCCAGAAUGGGACAAGUCCUGUGGUUUUAGAAGAUGGGAAGAUUUUUAGGGGUAUAAGUGGCACUUCUGUACCCAAUUCCAGUGAUACAGGAAUUUAAAAUGUAACCUCUGUUUAGGCUUAGAUGUAAAAUGUUAUCAGUUUUCCUCUUGAAAGGGGAAAAAGGAAAAAGUGAGGGGGACCUUCAGGACAAUAAAGCUAACACACUGAUCUGUGGCUGUAACUGCAUAAUCUAUAUGUGGAAUAAUCCCUAGACAGCAGAAGAUAAUUUGCAAUAGAAUGAGAAGUAAAUAAUCUAAUUCAUAUGAAAUUAUUAUCUAAGAAUCUUAUAGAUCCCUUUAAUUUUAUGACUAACCUUUUUUGUACUCUUUGACAGUUAUAAGUGAUUUUUUCAUUUAUGUGCUAUUGAGAAGAAAGUAAAAAAUGUUGUCAUUGCUUUGUCUCAAAGAAUUGCAUUUUUUUUCCUCCAACUGCGUAACACAUUGCUAUACACUGUUUCUGUAUAAUACCUUUUCUUGGAGGCCUGCACAAUGUAUGUGUAGUGAAUGUGACAGAUAGUGACUGGAAUUUUAGCUUUGUUCUGGUAUCUAAAUUUUUGCAUUUGUAAUAUCCCAUUACAUUGUAAAAGUUACUAUGCCUGUCACCUUAUGAUAUGUGGAAUGAAAAAAUUACUGGAAAUUCAGAAUAUCAUAGCUAAGGAGCAGAUAACUCAGUAAGGCAUUUGACUCCAUCCAUACUCUCCUUGAUUCUCCUCUUAACUUUCUGUUUAAUAAUAUCUAGCAUGAUGAAGUUUUGCACUUAGAGGAUCUGUCAUAAUAUGAUUGACUGGAAUAGAUACAUCAUAGUCAAGAUCUAUAAAAGUUAGAAAUAGCUGUUCCAAAAAUACUCCCUAUGUAAUUGUUGUUCAUUCAUGAUUAGUAUCUCUGAUGUUUAAAAAUGAGUAUUUAUAAAUAUAAAAACUAAAUUAAAAUAUUUAUAGAGGUUGUAGCAUGUUACAUAUUAAUAUUUCUUUUCUAGUAGUAUACAUCAAAGCAUUUCUUACU